GGCUCUUUCUGCGAGCGGGCGCGCGGGCGAGCGGUUGUUCGCGUGGCGCGUGGCGCGGUGUCUGGGCGGCCUUUGAAGAGGAAGCGCGGUCGUCGUCGGCGGGAGGCUAGCAGGCGGCGGCCGGCCGGGCUUCGACAGCGCCCCGCGCGCAGCGGGCGGUAGCCCAGGCGGCGCGUGGCGGCGCUCGGCCUCGCGGCGGCGGCGGCCCAGCCGUUGGCGGCGAGCGCGUCUGCGCCUGCGCGGCGGGCCCCGCGCCCCUCCUCCCCCCUGGGCGCCCCCGGCGGCGUGUGAAUGGCGGCCUCGGCGGCGGCGGCUUCCGCGGCGGCGGCGGCGGCGGCCGCCUCGGGCAGCCCGGGCCCAGGCGAGGGCUCGGCGGGCGGCGAAAAGCGCGCCGCCGCCUCGUCGGCCGCGGCCGCGGCCUCGGCCUCGGCCUCGUCGCCCGCGGGGGGCGGCGGCGAGGCGCUGGAGCUGCUGGAGCACUGCGGUGUGUGCCGGGAGCGCCUGCGCCCCGAGAGGGAGCCUCGCUUGUUGCCCUGCCUGCACUCGGCUUGCAGUGCCUGCCUCGGGCCCCCGGCGCCCGCCGCCGCCAACAGCUCGGGGGAUGGCGGCGCGGCGGGCGACGGCGCCGUGGUGGACUGUCCUGUGUGCAAGCAGCAAUGCUUCUCCAAAGACAUUGUGGAGAAUUACUUUAUGCGUGACAGCGGCAGCAAGGCUGCCACAGACUCGCAGGAUGCAAAUCAGUGCUGCACUAGCUGUGAGGAUAAUGCCCCUGCCACCAGCUACUGUGUGGAGUGCUCUGAGCCGUUGUGUGAGACGUGUGUGGAGGCACACCAGCGGGUGAAGUACACCAAGGACCACACCGUGCGCUCCACUGGGCCAGCCAAGUCAAGGGAUGGUGAGCGUACGGUGUACUGCAACGUGCACAAGCACGAGCCCCUCGUGCUGUUCUGCGAGAGCUGUGACACCCUCACCUGCCGGGACUGCCAGCUCAACGCCCAUAAGGACCACCAAUACCAGUUCCUGGAAGAUGCAGUGAGGAACCAGCGCAAGCUCCUGGCCUCGCUGGUGAAGCGCCUCGGGGACAAGCAUGCAACGCUGCAGAAGAACACCAAGGAGGUUCGCAGCUCGAUCCGCCAGGUGUCUGAUGUACAGAAGCGUGUGCAGGUGGAUGUUAAGAUGGCCAUCUUGCAGAUCAUGAAGGAACUGAACAAGCGGGGCCGUGUGCUGGUCAACGAUGCCCAGAAGGUGACUGAAGGGCAGCAGGAGCGCCUGGAGCGGCAACACUGGACCAUGACCAAGAUCCAGAAGCACCAGGAACAUAUCCUGCGCUUUGCCUCAUGGGCUCUGGAGAGUGACAACAACACGGCCCUGCUGCUCUCCAAGAAGCUGAUCUACUUCCAGCUGCAUCGGGCCCUCAAGAUGAUUGUGGACCCUGUGGAGCCACAUGGCGAGAUGAAGUUCCAGUGGGACCUCAAUGCCUGGACCAAGAGUGCAGAGGCUUUUGGCAAGAUCGUGGCAGAGCGUCCUGGCACCAACUCAACAGGCCCUACGUCCAUGGCCCCUCCUCGGGCUCCAGGGCCCUUGAGCAAGCAGGGCUCUGGCAGCAGCCAGCCCAUGGAGGUGCAGGAAGGCUAUGGCUUUGGCUCAGCAGACGAUCCUUACUCGAGUGCAGAGCCCCAUGUGUCAGGUGUGAAGCGGUCCCGCUCAGGUGAGGGCGAGGUGAGUGGCCUCAUGCGCAAGGUGCCCCGGGUGAGCCUCGAGCGCUUGGACCUGGAUCUCACAGCUGAUAGUCAGCCACCAGUUUUCAAGGUCUUCCCAGGCAGCACUACUGAGGAUUACAAUCUCAUCGUUAUUGAGCGUGGUGCUGCAGCUGCUGCAGCUGGACAGCCUGGGACUGCUCCACCCGGGGCCCCUGGGGCCCCGCCUCUGCCUGGUAUGGCCAUAGUCAAGGAAGAAGAGACAGAGGCUGCCAUUGGAGCCCCGCCUGCUGCCACUGAGGGCCCUGAGACCAAGCCUGUGCUGAUGGCCCUGGCGGAGGGCCCUGGUGCUGAGGGCCCGCGCCUGGCCUCACCCAGUGGCAGCACCAGUUCAGGUCUGGAGGUGGUGGCUCCAGAGGGCAGUUCAGCCCCAGCAGGUGGCCCGGGUGCCCUGGAUGACAGUGCCACCAUCUGCCGUGUCUGCCAGAAGCCAGGCGAUCUGGUCAUGUGCAACCAGUGCGAGUUCUGCUUCCACCUGGACUGCCACCUGCCUGCCCUGCAGGAUGUGCCAGGGGAGGAGUGGAGUUGCUCUCUCUGCCAUGUGCUACCCGAUCUGAAAGAGGAAGAUGGCAGCCUGAGCCUGGAUGGUGGUGAUAGCACCGGUGUGGUGGCCAAGCUCUCGCCAGCCAACCAGCAGAAGUGUGAGCGUGUUUUGCUGGCCCUGUUCUGUCAUGAGCCCUGCCGGCCCCUGCACCAGCUGGCUACUGACUCCACUUUCUCCCUGGAUCAGCCUGGCGGCACCCUGGACCUAACCUUGAUCCGUGCCCGUCUCCAGGAGAAGUUGUCACCCCCUUAUAGUUCCCCCCAGGAGUUUGCCCAGGAUGUGGGCCGCAUGUUUAAGCAGUUCAACAAGCUGACAGAGGACAAGGCAGACGUGCAGUCCAUCAUCGGCCUGCAGCGCUUCUUUGAGACUCGCAUGAACGAGGCCUUUGGUGACACCAAGUUCUCAGCUGUGCUGGUGGAGCCCCCGCCGCUGAGCCUGCCUGGUGCUGGCCUGAGUGCCCAGGAGCUAUCCAGUGGUCCUGGUGAUGGCCCUUGAGUCUGUGGCCUCUCAGGCCAACCCGGCCUGACUCUGUUCUCUGUCCUGUCAAAUCCCCCCCACUUCCCCCCAACCUCCCCCUCUGGUGGCCUGGCUCCUACUUCUUGGUGGCCCCAUCCCCCAGUCCCUCACGAUAUGGUUUUUACUUAUGUGGAUUUAAUAAAAACUUCACCAGUUCCUCA